AUGAGGUUGGGAAAAUUAGUGCUUAUUCUUUUCCUUUUAUCAUUGCUGUUUCUUACAGGAGUCGCCUUUGGUGCUUUUAAGAAUACCGUUAAACCAGAUAAAACAAAUGAAAAGAAGGGGCUUGGUUUAAUAACCAAAACCAAAAAAACUGUUGCUCAACAAUUAGUCGAUUUUAUUUCAAAACCGUUUACUAAAGAACCAAAAUCAAAGGAAACAAAAGGCAUUUCGCCUAAAAACAAAAGAACAAAGAAAGCAAAGAAAGAAGAGGAAGAUGAUGGAGAAGAAGAUGAAGAAAUGAGUAUAAGUAAUAAUGAGUCUGAAACAACAUUAGUGAAUGAGAAAGAAAAUAAUGAUGAACUAAAUCCAAUGCAAAAAUCAUAUAGCAUCGAUUCAGUUCAGAACCUACAACCAAGUGAAAUUGAAUCAGCAAUCCCUAAAAAAUGGCAAUGUUUUAAUAUUCCUUCCAACGAUCCAAAAGUUUGUAAUGGUAGGGGAGUAUGUGGAUCAACUGAUAAUUGUGUUUGUUCAACAGGAUUUACUGGUGAGAAAUGUCAAACACCUGUAUGUUUUGGAGUUGAAGGUACAAGUGAUAAGGUUUGUUCAUCAUCUGGUUCUUGUAUUGGAAAAGAUAUAUGUCAAUGCAAGAAAGGGUUCACUGGUUCAAAUUGUGAUCAGUUGGAAAAACCAAAAUGUAAUAGCAUUGAGGCUGAUUCGCCUAAGGUCUGUAAUUCAAGAGGUAGCUGUACCUCCAUUGAUAGUUGCACUUGUAACGAACCAAAUAAUUGGGGAGGCAACUUCUGUCAAUAUCCAAAAUGUAAUACCAUUCUUUCGAAUGCUAAUACAGUUUGUAAUGGAAGAGGUACAUGCGAUUCUCCUAACAAAUGUCAAUGUAGUGAAACUAGCUCAUGGGGAGGCAUAGACUGCGAGAAGCCUAAGUGUUAUGGUAUUCUUCAAGGGGACAAAAAUGUUUGCACAGGACAAGGAACUUGUUCUGGUGUUAAUAAGUGUGUCUGUAAUACCGGGUAUGGUGGUGAGAGAUGCCAAUACCCUAAAUGUAAUGGAGUCUUAUCAAAUUCAUCGUCCGUUUGUAAUGGACAUGGAAAAUGUACUGCAACUGAAAAUUGUGAAUGUGUUGAAGAAUACACAGGAAGAUUUUGCGAAACAAAGAAAUUAAUGAAAUGUUAUGGAAAACCAGAAGAUUCCCCACUUGCUUGUUCUGGAAAUGGAAUGUGUGUAUCAACUGAUAAAUGUGUUUGUUCAAAAGGAUUUACUGGUAAGAUAUGUCAAACACCUGUAUGUUUUGGAGUUGAAGGCACAAGUGAUAAGGUUUGUUCUGGAAAUGGUAAAUGUGCUGGAAAAGAUGAUUGUCAAUGCAAGAAAGGGUUCACUGGUUCAAAUUGUGAUCAAUUGGAAAAACCAAAAUGUGAUAAUAUUGAAGCUGAUUCGUCACUUGUUUGUAAUGGACAUGGUAAUUGUACAUCCACAAAUAAUUGUGAAUGUGUUGAAGAAUACACAGGAAGAUUUUGCGAAACAAAGAAAUUAAUGAAAUGUUUUGGAAAACCAGAAGAUUCCGCACUUGUUUGUUCUGGACAAGGUUUGUGUGUUGGAGAUAAUAUGUGUAAAUGUGAUGAAGGAUUUACUGACGAGAAAUGUCAAACACCUGUAUGUUUUGGAGUUGAAGGUACAAGUGAUAAGGUUUGUUCAUCAUCUGGUUCUUGUAUUGGAAAAGAUAUAUGCCAAUGCAAGAAAGGGUUCACUGGUUCAAAUUGUGAUCAAUUGGAAAAACCAAAAUGUAAUAGCAUUGAAGCUGAUUCGCCUAUGGUUUGUAAUGGACAUGGUAAUUGUACAUCCACAAAUAAUUGUGAAUGUGUUGAAGGUUACACUGGAAAAUUCUGUGGAACAAAGAAAUUAGUGAAAUGUUUUGGAUUGGAAGAAGAUUCACCACUUGUUUGUUCUGGAAAUGGGUUGUGUGUUGGGCCUAAUAAUUGCUCUUGUGAUCCUGGAUUUACUGGUUCUCAAUGUAACAAAGAAGUUGAAGCCAAAUGUAAUGGAAUCAAGGCUUCUUCGAUACAUGUUUGCUCUGGGCAUGGUGUGUGUGUUGAGGAUAAUAUAUGCAAAUGUGAUGAAGGAUUUAUUGGACCAUUUUGUGGUAUUGAUAUAUCAGAAAUCAAAUGUUUUGGAAUUAAGGCUUCUUCACCAGAUGUUUGUUCUGGACAUGGUAAUUGCACUGCUAAAAAUAAUUGUGAAUGUGAAGAAGGUUAUAUAGGUGACCAGUGUGGAAGAUUAAAUGUCAUCAAAUGUUUUGGAAUCAAUGCUGAUGCUCCAGAAGUUUGUUCAGGUCGUGGAAACUGUACCGGCAAAAAUACUUGUGAAUGUGAGGAGGGCUAUUAUGGAAACCAAUGUGGAAAAUCAUUAGCAAUCAGAUGUUUCAAAAUUGACGCCACAGAUCCAAAUGUUUGUUCAGGUAAUGGUGAUUGUGUGAAAAACAAUUUUUGCAAAUGCCAUCUUGGAUUCAGAGGGCCAACUUGCGACAAGUCAACUGCAUUGGAUGUUAUGGGUAAUAAGACUUUUGUUUCAUCCAUCAUGACAGCAAUUCCAAAGGGGUUCACUGCCGUUGAUAAAGAAGAAUUCAAGCAAAAUUAUGCUGAGAUGGCCAAGACUGGACAACGUUCAAACAUUCCUGUUUGUUUUGGUAUGCAAGCAAUUAAUGAAAAAGUUUGCUCUGGAAAAGGAUCAUGUACAGAUACUGAUACAUGCGUCUGUUUGAAUGCAUACACUGGACCUAUUUGUGAGAAGGAAAAAACUCAAGUUGAACUUGCUACCUCCAUGAAGCAACAACAAAAAGAACAGGCCGCUGAAAUGAAGCAAGUUUUCCAAAAGACAGAAACAUCUGAAGACUUGGGUAAACAAUCAGCCAAAUUGAUUAACAAUAAGGUUAAAGAACUUAAACCAAAGCCUGCUGACAUGAAUGAUGAGCUUAAACAAAAAGUUGUUAAAAGAAUUACUGAAGAAUUUGGAAUUCAACUUGACGAUGAAAGACAGAGUAAAAUUGAAACAAUAGUUUCAGGAAUGGGAUCUUAUCCAAGUUUGGAACAACUUUCAAGAGUUCAAGAAACUAUUGUAAACAUUAUGGUUAAAUCCUCCCAAACUUUGAGAAAAAAGAAAGACACAGAGUAUAAGAAAAAAUUGAACGUUGUAAGAACCAAAAUCAACCGUUCACCUGCAUCUGUAGCUACUUUAUCACCAAUGGAAUUAGUUUCGGCAGGAACAAGACCUAUGGGUAGAGAAUACUUGAAUGCUGGUAUUGGAUGUCAUAACAUUGCAAAAAGAGGAGAUGUUUUUUCAGAUCUUAAAUGGAUCCACCCUUCAAAUUUCUCAGCCACUUACGACACCUUGAGAGUAUAUUGUGAAGGGGAGUGGACUUUGGUUGGUUUAUCAAGUUUAACAAACAUCAGACCUCUAGAUUUUGAAAGUGAAGAAAACGAAGAAAAACUUAUGAGAUUUGUGUAUACAGCUCAAUUUGCUCAGUUGGAUCUUCGCAAAUUCACCAUUUCACCAUAUGGAGAGGUUAAGGUUAUUCUUGUAAAUGAUCAAAAGACCACUUAUUACAAAUCAGCCUGCCCUUUCUCCAAGCUUAAAUAUUUCUGUACGAGUAUGUGUCCAUGUGCCACAAGAGUUUCUGAAUCAGGAGAAUGGAACCACCUUCAAUCUCAGAACUCAAUCAUUCCACUUGGAAAAAAUACACUUGUAUUUAUUAAGGAAGAUUACCUUCCUGAUGAAUCUAUCGUUGUUCUCGAAGCCUCAUGGAAAGAUGAUAAGGAUUUAUCAACCAAUUUCCUUAGUACAGAUGACUUGUUGGAGGAAUUGUACUAA